GAGCAGGGCGGGAUGUGGCACUGGUGACGUUUUAACUUUCCUAUCCCCCCUGUCAUUCCGUCAUGGCGGUGGAUGUAGAAGCGUCCUGGGCUUGCGUUAAAAGAUAGUAGAAAGUUCAGAAGCGAGGUUCUUGGAGAUUGUUUUUUGGAGCAGGUUCGAUCACGGUGCGAAGAUGAUGUCUGAUGCCAGUGACAUGCUGGCGGCGGCUCUGGAGCAGAUGGAUGGAAUCAUAGCAGGCUCCAAGGCCCUGGACUACUCCAACGGCAUGUUUGACUGCCAGUCGCCCACAUCGCCCUUCAUGGGCAACCUGCGGGCGCUGCACCUCCUGGAGGACCUGCGCAGCGUGCUGGAGCUCAUGGACGACGAGGAGCAGGAGGGCCUGCGCUGCCAGAUCCCCCACUCCACCGCCCUCAGCCUGGGGGAGUGGCUGCAGGGACACCUGUCUAACGGCUACAUCUCCCUGAGUGGCGGGGAUCAGUACCAGGAGCGCCUGACCCGGCUGGAGAGUGACAAGGAGUCUCUGGUGCUGCAGGUGAGCGUUCUGACGGACCAGGUGGAUGCGCAGGGGGAGAAGAUCAGAGACCUGGACGUCUGUCUGGAGGACAACCGAGAUAAACUCAACAGCACAGAGGAGAUGCUGCAGCAGGAGCUGCUGUGCAGGGCCUCCCUGGAGACCCAGAAGCUGGAGCUGAUGUCAGAGGUCUCCAGUCUGAAGCUCAAGCUGAACGCCAUCGAGAAGGAGCGGCGAGACCUGGACCGGUUCGGAGACAGCGAGGAGCUGAUCCUAGAGGUCAACGAGCUGCGCUACAGACUGCAGGAGAUGGAGAGUGACAGGAUACAGUACGAGAAGAAACUCAAGUCCACCAAGGAGGAACUGGCGGCGCUGAGGAGGCAGCAGGAGAACGGAGACGGGGGGCCGAGGAGGGCGGAGGCGGGCCCAGAAAGAGUCUCUCAUGCAGACGAGCCUCUUAGACAGAGGCUGAAGGAGAAACACGUGGAAGUUCAGAGGAUGAAGAAGGCGGUGGAAUCUCUCAUGGCGGCCAAUGAAGAGAAGGACCGGAAGAUUGAGGAGCUAAAGCAGUCGGCCCUGCGGUCCAGGAGGCUCCAGGACGCGGGGGUGCAGGGGAAGAGAGGUGGGACCCACCGCUGUUCUGAAGACAAAGACGGGGAGAACAUGGAGACUGACAGCGACUGUUCUACGCUGGUCAUCAAAACGAUGAGCGCCGCGGACGGGCUGGACGGACGAGGAGGCCCCGCCUCUGAGGGGAGAGGGAGGAGCCCGGACCAGGAGAGUCUGAGUGGAGGGAGUGAGAUGCGUCUGUCUGGCCACGCUGACUCCUCCCCGUACGACCCUGGCACUGCCCCGGAGCCCCCCUCCGCCACCUCAGGAAGCAAUGAGGAAAACUGCAAGUCUUGGAGUCAGGACGACCACGACUCUGUAACCAAUGAGAAGAACAAGGCCAACGAGGAGAUGAGCAAGCUGACGGAGAAGCCCCCCGCAGGAGGGUCCGCCACGCUGCCGGGCCCCCUGGGGCCCCCGGCUGACGACAGCUUCGGCUCGCGGAAGGGGCGGUCCUCCUUCGGGAAGGGCUUCUUCAAGCUGAGGGGGGGCAAGAGGACGACCAGCACGCCCAACCUCGACCGCAGCAGGAGUGCGAGCGCGCCUAUGCUAGCGGAGGUGGAGCGGCCCGGGACGGAGCACCUGGACCUGGCGGGGCUGCCCCAGCGCUCCCCCACCAGCGACAGCACGCACACGCUGCCCACCACCCCCGAGACCGGCAAGAAGAAGGCCACCGGCAUCAAGAGGCUCUUCGGGAAGCUGAGAAGGAGUCAAUCGACAACGUUUAACCUGGACGACAACCUGUCGGAGGGGGAGUUCAAGAGGGGGGGGGUGCGCUCCACAGCCGGCCCCCGGCUGGGCUGGUCACGGGACCUGCAGCACACCAACAGUGAACUGGACGCUCCGUUUGCGCGCUGGUCGAAGGAGCAGGUGUGUGAGUGGCUGAAGGAGCAGGGCCUAGGCCUGUACGGGAACAUGGCCCGCGUCUGGGUUUCCUCGGGACAGACGCUGCUGCAGGCCUCUCAGCAGGACCUAGAGCGGGAGCUGGGCAUUAAGCACCCUCUUCACAGGAAGAAGCUGCAGCUCGCACUGCAGGCACUCGGCUCGGAGGAGGAAGACAACAAGAGCAAGCUGGAUUACAACUGGGUGACCAGGUGGCUGGACGACAUUGGUCUGCCCCAGUACAAAACCCAGUUUGAUGAAGGUCGGGUCGACGGCCGCAUGCUGCACUACAUGACCGUGGACGACCUCCUCUCCCUGAAGGUGGGCAGCGUCCUCCACCACCUCAGCAUCAAGAGAGCCAUCCAGGUGUUGCGGCUCAACCACUACCAACCCAACUGCCUCCGCCGCCGACCCUCCCACGAGAACAACAUCUCCCCGGCGGAGGUCUCCCAGUGGACCAACCACAGGGUCAUGGAGUGGCUGCGCUCCGUGGACCUGGCGGAGUACGCCCCCAACCUGAGGGGCAGCGGGGUGCACGGGGGCCUCAUGGUCCUGGAGCCGCGCUUCAACGUGGAGACCAUGGCCCUGCUGCUCAACAUCCCCCCCAACAAGACGCUGCUGCGCCGCCACCUGGCCACCCACUUCAGCGUGCUGGUGGGGCUGGAGGCCCAGCAGCUCAAGCAGGAGAGCCUGGAGCACCCCGACUACCUGCUGCUGACCGCCACCGCCAAGGUCAAGCCGAAGAAGGCCUUCGGUGGCUUCGGGACGCUGCGGAGGAAGAGGCAGGAGGACAGUGAGGAGUACGUCUGUCCCAUGGACGUGGAGAUGCCCAAGGGACGCAGCUUCCAGCGGGGAUACGGAGGAGAGCUCCAGAUAUACGAGGACGACCUGGACCGCCUAGAGCAGGUAACCCUAGAACAGAUGGAGGACUCAGAGGGAACAGUGAGACAGAUCGGUGCUUUCUCCGAGGAGAUCCAGAACCUGACGAGCAUGCUGAAAGAGGAUGAGUUCUUCAAAGAGGAGUCUUACUCGCCCAACCCCAGCGUCACAGACGAGGAAUCAACAGCGUGAAGAAGCAGGAUCUCACCAACCAUGUUUCCUGUUGGCUCUACACCCUAACGCCAGCCUCAAGUAUUACAAAAUGUUUUUCAGAAAGUCAGUAGUCAAUACCACAGAUUUCUGGUUGAGUGGAGGAAGCAUUUCAGGGUGACACCACUGCUGCUCUGGUGUCCCAGCUGGUUACUGGAGACGUUCUAUAAACCCUUUAAAUGGAUAUGUUAGCCUUCCUUAUUCCAUUGAUGACUCAGACAGCAGAAUAUAAUAUUUAAUAUAUGUCCUUGUUAUCAAAAGAAUAUCCUUUUUACAAUAUGAAUAUGGGAACUGAAUAUAUUCAGAUGAUAUAUGCUGUGCUUACUUUACUGUGUUUGGGAUUUUUUUAAGAAUUGACUGUAAGUUAACUUCAAAACGGCUGCUAGGUUCUUUGUGGGUUUUUUAUACCGAAUUUGGAUAAUCAAAUUGUAAUAAACGUAUAAUGACUUGUACCCUAUUAUCAUUGCCUUACUUUAUCAUUCUUCAAAUACUUCAAGUCAUCGUCCUUUCGCAUGCAUUUUUGCUCCAAAACAUAUAAAGGUACGAGUGUAAAGGUCUUAACCGAUGUAAGUGGCUUUGGAUAAAAGCGUCUGCUAAAUAACCUAUGUAAUUGUAAAGGGUUAGAUCAGUCUGUACUCCUAUGGGUUAGAUCUGUCUGUCUGUAAUCCUAUGGGUUAAAUUAGUCUUUACUCCAAUAGGUUAAAUCAGUCUGUACUGUACUACUAUGGGUUAAAUCAGUCUGUACUUCUAUGAGAUAAAUCAGUCUGUUCUCCAUGGGUUAAAUCAGUCUGUACUCCGUGGGUUAAAUCAGUCUGUACUCCAUGGGUUAAAUCAGUCUACUCUAUGGGUUAAAUCAGUCUGUACUCUAUGGGUUAAAUCAGUCUGUACUCUAUGGGUUAAAUCAGUCUGUACUCCAUGGGUUAAAUCAGUCUGUACUCCAUGGGUUAAAUCAGUCUGUACUCUAUGGGUUAAAUCAGUCUGUACUCUAUGGGUUAAAUCAGUCUGUACUCCAUGGGUUAAAUCAGUCUGUACUCCAUGGGUUAAAUCAGUCUGUACUCUAUGGGUUUAAAUCAGUCUGUCUGUACUCCUUCCAGUUCUGGUUUCAAUAAAGUUUUUUUUUGGUACAGCUUA